AAGAACGCAAAGGAAACAUUAUCACAAAGGCGUAUACAUACACAUGUUUCCUUUUUGUUAAACUCCAAUUCCAAAAGACGAAGACGAAGAGUCAUCCAUACGAAGAAGAGUACUCUGCUGUUCUGUUCUUAAAACGACCCUCAAAAUCUUACUUGAAGAUGUCGAUCACGAUAAUACACCGUUACCUCGUUCGUGAAUUUUUCGCUGUUCCGUUUCUUACGCCACACGGAUUUGGUUACCACCACUUCUGUCGUGACUCCGUUUUACAUGUUCCUCAAAGACUUGUUCCUCUUUUGGGCUUGAAGAAGAAACGUUCACAAAGAGUUUACUUCAAACCUUCUAAUACCAGAAAGCCGCAAUUUUAUAACUCUGAUCCUGUUCAAGCACCAACUCAAGAAGUAGCGCAAUCUUAUAACCCUGAUCCUGUUCGAGCACCGACUCAAGAAGGAGACUUUUUUGAUGGUUCGGUCACGAUGUGUGCUGCUCCUUCGCCAAGACACGUACCGGUUCCGAUAUUCUGUGGUAGAGAGAUGACGAAAGUGUCUUCAAAGCUAACCAAGACUUGAAGAAUAUGAGAGAAUUCAAGAAACCAAGUCUUUUCUUUUGGUUUUAAGAGUUUUUGUUAAGCAAUUAUUUUCUUCCUUUAUUUGUGAAUUUUGUUCAGUAAUCAGUAUUCACCAAUGUUUACUGUACU